AGGAAGUCUUUACUAUGGAAGCAUAUUGGCACGUCUGGAGAUGGAAAUGAAUGAUAGCAACGAGCAUUCGGAGUCUAUAGACCCUGUGACUCCCCAGGGAGAUACUGGGACUGUCCCUGAGUGCUCCAGUGACAUUAUUCACGAUAGCAAUAAUGAAGUUGACGUAUGCUCUGACGAUAUGCUGUCAUGUUCAUCACGUGACAGCUUUGGAGAGAUGAAUCAGGAUGCUAAUAUCCCUCAACCGGUGGAAUCACGCCACUCCCAAGGUAUCCAAUCGGAAUGCUGUCUUAUGCAGUCUUCUGAGUUGCCAUCAUGUCCAGGAGGGACUAAUAUGCCACCAGAUAUAGAGAUGACAGGAGUAGACUCACCGCAAGAAGCGGGUGUAUCAGUAAAAUCUGAUUCCACGGAAUCUGAAGACAGUGUUAACCCAGUUGCCAAUGAAUCGUUCGUCAGCAACUCACAAUCGUCUUUAGCAGAUGCCCUUGUCCAGUCUGUGGAACACAUGGGCAGUGAUUCAACAUGCGAAAACAGCUGCACAAGUUCACAACCCGAAGUUAUGGACAUAAUACCGAAAGAAGAUAUCCCUGAUAGUAGCCAUCCACUCUCUAGUGAUGCGGACCGUAACAUGGCUCUACAGCCCAUGGAUGUUCUCGGAAGUGGAAAUGAUAACUGCGUAACUUUAUAUGACAACAUGGAAUUAUGUAACGACGUGAGCAAUGAACGGAAUCCAUCUACAGGUUCUACCCAAGGUAGUGUUGAACAAGAGGAUCACAAUAGUGAACAAAGCCAGGAAAUCCCAGUAGGACUUGUAACCAGUUUUGGUGACAAUUCUGGCAGUGCCGAAUCCACCAUCGACCCUAUUUCUGAACGUUCAAUGGACAGUUCCGUUCCGGCAGACGGUUCAACAACAGUGUCUACAAUGUCAGCCAAUGGCGAUGUAGUGGUAGGUACAUUGCCUUACUCCGAUGAUGGAUGUCAUUGCGCUGGCGUCCCGAUGCAAGAACCUAGAGCGUCGUUCUCAUUUGGCACUGGCAAUGCCGAAAGUAACCUUGGAUACUCCCAUAUACCAACAUUUAUACCACCACCAGAUGCUGGUUAUUUCCAGAGGGCUACAGAUCAAACCACUCCUCCGGGUUCUAAUCGGUAUUCAUUUGGUGAUAUGUCAACAACACUAUCCACAGGCAUGAACCCAGCUGAAGCAUGGUUCACUCACCAACCAAGCGCCAACGACCUUUUAAGAGCUGAACGCCAUACGCAAGAACCUACAUUCUCCAGCCCUGCACGCAUAAGAACUCACGGUGAGAUAGUGGAAGAUGUAGGUCAAACAAUGGAAUCACACAUAUCCAUGAGGAACAUGGAAUCAAAUGACACUGGAAGGUGGACUCAGCAGUGUCGUGUGCGCUCGACCCAUCAUAGCACUGAAAGGAUACCUCGCGCGGGUGAAAAUGUGCAACACUAUUCAAGUAACGAAGUUGAUUACACUUGUUAUUGUGGUGAUUAUUCGAUCAACGAUCCAGGUAAUAGCAACAUUGCAACUAAAGACCUAUGCAAUGAACUUUAUAAAUCUGGAUCACAGUACAACUCUAAUGAAUACGGUCUAAUGUGUAACCCUGGGCAUAUGGACAUCGCAAAUGGAAGUGGUAUUGUUAACAAUGACGAAGAAGAAGAGGGGAGUAUAUUUUUAAUUCCGGACAACUUUAACCCAUACAGACCUAACAUUGACACCAGGGGACUUGUACACCCCUCAGAAUUUGACUGUCACAGUAACAUCUGCAAAGGUGAUCAUCACACCAAGGAAUACCCUGUAGCAGAGGAUAUGAAUGCAUCCGAUACGCUUAACUUUACAUUCUCGCACUGCGACGCUUCUAAAAUAGGUAUGGAUGAUAACAAAGACGAGAACAUAGAAACAAGUGAUAACUUUUCAUUUUGUCAGUUUGAUGCAAUAGACGCUUCUGAACGCAUGGCAAGGUCUAGAAGUACUACGGAACGCCAUAUGGAAGUUGAUUUGACUGAUAUUAACCCAGAUGUACAACCCAUGUCCUUUUCCGAACGUGUUCAAUUACUGGUCUCAGGUGAUUUAGGAAGUCGAACUGAUGAUGCCCAAGGUUAUCACAGUCCAAUCCAUAACAGUGUAGUUUCUACACGGCCCAUUGGUGGCGAUAAUGAUAUGAAAACAGUACCCAUAAGCGAGGCUAUAUACAAAGAGAUCACCGAUCGCACAAUGAAGCUUUUAACCCCGCAGAGAGACGAUGAGAGUCCCGGACUCAGCAAGCUAACAGGACUAGUAGAAAGCGUGGAUAGGUACUUAUCGAGAGUUAGCGGUACUUUGACACCAGGAAUAUUCUCCCGGGACCCAGAUAAGUCACCCAAAGUACCAACAGCAAGCAAUCAAGAUGCUCGAGAAGUGGGUAUUGAAAAUAACGAAGAACAGCUUUUGGGGUUCCAUUCUAGCCUCUUCUUACAUCAGUCAGUCAGGAGUCAAUACAACUGUGGAUCGCAACAAUUUCUAGAAUAUGUUGAAAGAAUGAAAAAAAGAGCCAAAUUUGAAAGCCGUCCUACAUUGAGCGCUGAAGAUACUGCUAAUUUUAAAAAACGCGUCGAAUCCUUACGUGGGAUAUACUGGAAGAAGGUAGGUCAAUACCUACACAAAGCCGUGAUGCUACAUCUCGGGAAAAUGGUAGCUGCAUCUCCGGCACUCUUUAACAAAUCAGGGGCACAUAUCAAGUUGAUUUCUGAGGCCAAAGCGAUCCUUAAUACCUUCGUACAAAGGUGCAAUACAGUGAAAACUCUCAAGGAGAAGGUUUAUAGCUGCCUCUCUGAAUGUACACGCGAAUUUCCACAUAUCGAACGCAAUCGCAUGGCAUACUGCAUGAUAUACAAGGAGUCUGAACGACUUGAGCGAAUGCUACAGAAGCGCGAGGAUUUUUUAUCUUACCAGCGUAAGAUCCAUGAAACGAAGUUGGAAAAACUACGUUUGUUACAGCAGGAGGCUAUAUCGCUUGAGGAACGUGCAAAUAAUGUUGAAAUGUACCGCAAUAAUGUAAAACGAUAUGUAUCAGCGAAAGAUUCACUAUACAAUGCGUAUGCCGCCACAGGUAUCAAGGUAGUACCCAUGCAUUCUUCAAUGCCACAAGUACGGUGGUGCGUCGUGGUGUUUUACAACUCAGAGGUCAAUACCAAUCGUAUAGUACGCCGUUAUAAGAGAUCAUGGAAAAACGACCUUGUUAAUGCUGCUAGUGGCUAUAUAGAUGCAACACUACAAAAUGAAAUCGCAUAUCACCGCAUAAAACUGGAACAGCGCUUCAACCCUGAAGUUGAUAUGCUAGUGUAUUUGCGCUGUGAUGAUAAUAACAACGGCAGUGAUACCCAUGGGUUCACAAGAUCGGUCAUGCAUCUUGGUGAAGAUGACUCUCCAGAAUAUCACGAAUUUAAGCAAACGCCACAGCCACGUGGCCAUAAGGCAACAUUCAGGUCGAAUGAAUUGCCGUCAGGUAGCCCGGAAAUCGGUGCCACCGCAUUGUACCGUGACAUCUCGGGUCUGCAUUCCUUAGACAGCCAGAGUAAAAGAGAUAUUGAUUUUUUGGACCCAGAUAGUCCAGUACCCAUAUUUGAAACUCCCAAUUCUGGCGUGGAAGUCAAUUGGGCUGAUACAAUGGAUAUAGACGCAGUUAGUCGUGGCCUUCGUGUAUUUUUCACCGCACCGAGUGUACGUUGGGGAGGCUCUGCGGCUGCUGUUUGGGAAGCUGCCCUGGCGCAACUGCUUACUGCUGCUAAUAAAAGAGUAGAUCGAUUGACGUCACGUUUGAUAUCGGAUCGGAUGUCCGAUAGGCAGCCCAUUACAUUGAUAGAGCUUUUACGAGAAGUUAUGGACUAUGGAUCAGCACUAAGUGCACGUAUUCGCAUAGUGCAACGCGAGCUGCUGGGAUUCCUGUCGCACUGCUCCUCACCGGAAAUACGGUGCUCAGAAAACUUAAUGGUGAUUGAGGCCGUGUUCACACCCCAAGAUUUAAAGAAAACUUCAAUGCGCUGUACACUAGAGAUUGAUGCUCAUGAGCUCUUGCAAAAGGUAUCGUACGCCAAUGCUGCACUCAGUAUUAAAAUUCAAGUCAUGCAGCCUGGAGAGCAACAACUGGAAGACGAUAUAAACAAACACAUCGCAGAGGCAUCACGUGAUAAAACUAUAUACGACAUUAUAGCAUGUGCCUGCGAGCACAGCGGAAUACCGCUACACCAACAUGACUAAUAUAAGUAUCAGCCUUUGGGAAGCACAAAGGCAUA